AUGACUCUCACCGAUGAGGAGCUUGACCGCGACUGGCAGCCCAACGGCCGUCGCCCUCAAUCAACCAUUGCCCGAUCGUUUAGUGCUGAGCUUAUGGACAUCUUCCGUAUCGAAAACUCUCUCACCGACCUGGAUCAGCAAGUCCACGCCAAGAAGCAAACUGUCGACAAGGAAACCGAAGAACUCGCCGCUCUUGAAGCCCGCAUUCGUGAAAUGGAAGAACGCCUCCGCCGCUCUACAGGUGGCGCUCAACAACCAUCUCCACAGACCGCCAACCAGGCUCAGUCCCAGACUCAGCAGCCAAGUUCCCUCGACGCCCCCAAGGACGACUCCAAGGUCCGCUCACGACCGGGAACAGCCCGUGCUUCUCAGCAAGCUCCCUCUUCGGGCAACAUGCCCCCGACCCCGGGUGCCAGUGAAGGUGAAUACUAUGUCGUCACCCGCGAUGACUUGCAAGACGGCCCGCGCUGA